UUCCCUGUUAUAUAUCGCGCAAAUAAAAGAGCAUGGAUGACACAAGUGUUGAUGAAUGAUUGGUUUGAAAAUCAUUUUAUACCCGAGGCUCGGCGACAUUUGAAUUCAGUUGGUUUACCUGAUAACUCAAAAAUAGUUCUGAUUGUUGAUAACUGUUCGGCGCAUACUUCACUUAAAGUUUUAGUGAAAGAUAAUGUAUCUGUGUUAUUCUUCCCUCCAAAUUGUACGUCUAUCAUUCAGCCUAUGGAUAUGGGAAUAGUGCACGCGCUGAAAUGCAAAUAUAAAACAGCAUUUUUAAAAUCGAUGUUAAAUUUCUUGAACAGUGGCAAGACUAUUCAAGAAUUUUUGAAAUUUUUUAGCAUAAAAUCUGCAGUGUGGAGCAUCGCAAGAUCGGGGGAGGAUGUGUCUUCAAGUACGUUAAAAAAUGCUUGGCAUAAUUUAUGGCCAUCUACCAUAUUUCAUGGUGAGGAGGAUGAAGAUGAUAGCGGCGAAUUUGAAGGUUUUCGGACAUCGCAAACUAAAGGAUUUGAUGGCGUCGCAAACAUAACAGAACUUCUUAAGAAAAUGGUUUGUCAGCCCUUGUGUCCUCGUUCGAAGAACAAACUUGAAUAUCUUCAGUGUGUUGCAAUCUAGUCAAACAUUUUCUGUUAAAAUUAUGUAAUUGUAGUAUUGCUGUACAUACAAAAAAAAAAAAAAAAAAAAAAAAAAAAAAAAA